GGAGUUGCCCCCUAUGAGUCGUCAGGGACGGUGAUAUUCUGAUCCUGGUUUUGGGCCGCUCGGUUGUUUUCUACACUUUCUACACUUCACUCCACACUGGUGUAAACAGGAAGCUGUGGACGCAACAUGGCAGCAACCGGUGAAAUCGACGAGGGCUUUUAUUCUCGGCAACUGUACGUCCUGGGCCAUGAGGCGAUGCUCCGGAUGGGCUCCGCCGAGGUCCUCAUCGCAGGGAUGAGGGGUCUGGGAGUGGAAAUAGCCAAGAAUGUGAUUCUGUCCGGGGUGAAAGCUGUCACAGUCCAGGAUGAGAACCAGGCGGUGUGGACCGACCUGUCCUCACAGUUUUUCCUGCAGGAAUCCCAUCUUGGUGAGAAUCGAGCCAGGUGUUCCCUGCAACAGCUGUCCGCCUUAAACCCACAUGUGCGUGUCUCGGCCCACACCGGCUCGCUCAGCGAAGACCUGCUUCUAAAAUUUCAGGUCGUGGUCCUCACUGACUCCUCGCUGGAGGAGCAGCAGCAGUUUGGUGACCUCUGCCAUUCACAUGGAAUCAAGUUCAUAGUUGUGAACACCAAAGGACUCUGUGGCCAGCUCUUCUGCGACUUUGGGGAGGGGUUUGAAGUUUUGGACCAGGAUGGAGAAAUGCCUGCAUCAGUGAUGAUAGAACGAAUCACUAAGGAUAAUCCUGGAACGGUUAUCUGCACAGAUGACCAGAGGCAUGGACUCUCAGAUGGCUCUAAAGUUCUCUUUUCUGAAGUGCAAGGCAUGACAGAGCUCAACAGUAUCGGCCCCGUGGAGAUCAAAGUCUGUGAUCAAUACUCCUUCAGCAUCUGUGACACCUCAGCCUUUUCUGAAUAUGAACGUGGAGGAGUGGCGACUGAGGUCAAACAGCCCCUCCGGCUAAAUUUUAAACCGCUGAGUGAGGCUCUGCACGAUCACCAGCUCCUGGUAUUUAAUGACUAUGGAAAAAUAUUCAAACACAACACACUGCACCUGGCCUUCCAAGCCCUCCAUAGCUUUGUGAAGAAGGAGCAGCGGCUCCCUCAGUCUUGGUGUCAGUCCGAUGCAGAUGCUCUCUUGGCCUUAGUGAGAGAGCUGAAUGCAGUGGCUCAGGUGGACGAGCUAGAUGAGGCUGCAGUGAGGAAUCUGUCUUACUCAGCGCGGGGGGAUCUGGCACCUAUGAAUGCUUUCUUUGGAGGCCUGGCUGCUCAGGAAGUUAUCAAGGCAUGCAGCAGGAAGUUCACCCCUCUUCAGCAGUGGUUUUAUUUUGAUGCACUGGAGUGUCUCCCUGAAAAGGAGGAUGGACUGGCAGAGUGCUCUGUAUCAACAAAAGGCACAAGGUAUGAUGGGCAGACAGCUGUCUUUGGGACAGCGUUCCAGGAGAAGCUUGGGAGGCAGAAGUAUUUCCUGGUUGGAGCUGGUGCCAUCGGAUGUGAGCUUCUGAAAAACUUUGCCCUCAUGGGGCUUGGUGCGGGAGAAGAGGGCCACAUCACUGUGACAGACAUGGACUGCAUAGAAAGAUCCAACUUAAACCGCCAGUUCUUGUUCAGAUCCCACGAUAUUGGGAAACCUAAAUCCGAGGUUGCGGCCAGAGCGGUGUGUGAGAUGAACCCGCAGGUGAAAAUCACAGCACAUCAAAAUCGUCUGGAUCCCGACAGCGAGGGAGUGUACGAUUACAGCUUCUUCAUGCAUCUCGAUGGAGUGGCUGCAGCCCUUGAUAAUGUGGAAGCCAGGGUCUAUCUGGAUGGGCGCUGUGUUCAGCAUAAGAAGCCCCUGCUGGAGGGAGGAACUCUGGGGAGCAAGGGCCACACUCUGGUGGUGGUUCCUCACUUGACAGAGUCUUACGGUCCAGCCAAAUCAAGUUCAAAUGCAAUCCCAUUGUGCACUCUCAAGAACUUCCCUCACCGAAUUGAACACACACUGCAGUGGGCCAGGGACCAGUUUGAAGGACUUUUUAAACAAACCCCUGAAAAUGUGAAUCUCUUCUUGAGGGAUCCGGGCUUUGUUGAGCGGACUCUGGCCCGUGGAGACACUGAGGCCCUGGAGAUUCUUGAAGGGGUUUGGAUCAGCCUGCAGGACAUGGACGCAGACGGACAGCGUCCAAAGAGCUGGGAAGACUGUGUCACAUGGGCACGUCGCAUGUGGGAAACGGCAUAUAACAACGAUAUCUGUCAGCUCCUGCACUGUUUCCCCCGUGACGAGGUGACCAGCAAUGGUCUGCCCUUCUGGUCUGGAUCCAAGAGAUGCCCCCACCCACUGACCUUUGACCCCGAUAAUAAUACCCAUAUAGAAUAUGUUGUGGCAGCAGCCAACCUGUAUGGCUGCAUCUACGGGAUUGAAGGAAGAAGACACUGCACUUCCAUCAAAAAAAUCAUAGAGAAGGUCCAAGUCCCAUCUUUCACUCCUAACUCCUCCGUGAAGAUUCAUGUUUCUGACAAGGAGAUGGAGGAGGAGAGAAAAAAGGAGAAGGAUGACGUUGAAAAAGCUGGACUUGAGGAGUUGAAAGGAAAGUUGUCCUCACUGAAAAGCUCAGCUCAGAUGUGUCCCAUCGACUUCGAGAAGGAUGACGACAGUAACUUCCACAUGGACUACAUUGUUGCUGCAUCUAACCUGAGAGCAGAGAAUUAUGACAUUCCUGCAGCCGAUCGCCACCAGAGCAAGCGCAUUGCUGGGAGGAUUAUCCCAGCCAUAGCCACCACGACCGCCGCUGUGGCAGGCCUGAUGUGCCUGGAGCUGUUUAAACUGGUGCAGGGGCACGAGAAGAUCCCUUCCUACCGCACGGCUUACCUCAACCUUGCCGUACAGUACUUUGUCCUGUCCCAUCCGAGCCGCCCUCAGGAAUUCGAAGUCGCAGGAAAGAAAUACACCCUGUGGGAUGACUUCCUUGUUGAGGGCAGACGCGGCAAUCAGCAGGAAAUGACCUUGGAAGAUCUGAUCCAGUAUAUUAAGGAACACUAUGGCUUAAAUGUAUCCGCCCUUUUUUAUGGCACUGGCAUCUUGUACUGUGGACACAAAGAGAGGCUGAAAAAGAGCGUUUCUGAUGUGGUGAAGAUGGUAACAAAGGCAGAUAUCCCUCCUCACAAGAAAAUGCUGGACUUGAUCCCUUCUUUUGAAGAAGAUGAGGACUGUGAGACUGUCCCUACUAUCAGAUACAUGCUACUGUGAUGCACUUGACGCUGAUUUCUAAGAAGCUUGCGCGAGGAGCUGCUUCAGAGUGACCAAGAAAAUCCAGCAAUCAUUCAAUUUAAUAAGUCAAUUGUUAUAAAAGCUGUUUACAAAAUCUGAAACAUUAACAGGUUUAAGCUUGUGAUUCUUCUCUUUGGUGAUGUGGCCUCCCUUAAUUACAUUUCCUUCUUUGAUCUUUUUCUGAAGCUUUGUCUUAAAAUUUCCAUAAAAUAUUCAAAGGUUUACAUACAAUUCAGCACUUCUGCUUUUUGUGUGUGUGUGUCUUUCAGCUGUCACUGUGUGACCAAACAGGAAUCAUGAUGAACCCCAGUUAACUUUGUGUUUUUACAUGUAAAAUGCAUCUUUUGAAGAGUUUUUCUUCUGUUUGAGCAGAGUAUUUUGGGGGUAUGUGGGAAGUAAUGAGUGGACAUUUGUACAACUAUGGUCUCUACCCCCCCCAGCAUCCCCUCCUCUUCAGACUGCUCACGCUAGAGAAGCUGGAGUCAUUGAUGAGGCUCUCACAUGUCGACAGGUGGCUUUUGUGCAUGUGCUGCUCUUUUACUCAACCUCAGUGAUUCUCUCUGCACCAUCACAACAAAGUGACCUUUUUGACAUACCCUAAUUGCUUUCUCCAUUGCUUACAUUUAAAAUGAUGCUAAAUGAAUCGCCUUUGUAAUUGCUUCUGCAACUAUUUACAGAUCUAUCUUUACAGGAGGAUGCAAUUGCUGAUUAAACUGUUUGAACAAUACUGCAAUAAAUGUUUUAUUUGA